AUGUUCAACGGCAAUUCACAGAGAGAAGUGCCCAUGUCUCACGACGAGCAGUCUCAUUAUGUUCGCACCCAAGAUUACACGGCUACACCACGAUAUCCAACCCCCGCGCUGAUAGAUGGAUCUCUUAUGACAACCUAUUUUGGGUUGGCAGGUACCGGCAACGAUGACACUGUAAUCGUCGACAGGAAGGUCUUCGACCGUCACUCCCAUCAAUUUGCAGAGGGAGACUUUGUUUGCCCAGGAUUUUUCGAUCAUGUCGAUCUGGGCGGGUUCACACGCCGUUUCAGCCCUUCCCAAUGGAACUACGAUAUGCGUCGCCAAGCCCAGUCCGUCUUCCCAUUCUUAUCUCUUGGCCCUUCGUCAUGUCUACGUGAUAGCGAUUACAUCCGUAGCCAAGGUUUCACUCUACUUCUCGCUAUUCGCAGUCGGCACUCGGCCCAGGCUCGCCUCGUGUCUGGCGAUAAGGCUGCGGCGGAGGUUGGUAUUAUGGCAGACUCGAUUGAUGUCCUUGAUAUUCAAGAACUCAGUUCUGCAUUCCCACGUGCUAUCCGCCGCAUCAAUGAUCACCUUGCUGGUCUGGAUAUACAAAAUGAUGGAAUGAUGAUAGACGGUCAACAGCAGAAACGGAAGGUUCUCGUCUUCUGCGAAUCUGGGAAUGAACGCUCCGCUGGAGUCGUCAUUGCCUAUAUCAUGGUCAUGCUUAAUGUUCAGUCUGCUGAGGCUACACACAUGGUUCAGCAACGUCGCUUCUGUGCCUCAAUAGAGGACAAUAUGAAAUGCGUCCUCGUCGCUUUUGAUUCCAUUCUUUCUGCCAAGCGUGAUGUUGAGCGUGCUAAACAGAAUGUGACUGUUGUUCGUGGGGCCUCGACUCUUGCGCCUCCAUCGGUACCACCAAUUCUUACGAAGAAGCGAAGUUUUCAAGAUCAUAGAGAUGAUGAUCUUGCCAUCGGGGAUGGUGAAAUGGAUAUGGAUGGAGAUGAUGACCCUUUCUAUGAGCGAAAGCCUAAUGCUCCCUUCCAAGGCCGUGUGGUCUAG